AUGGUGGAAGUCCUGUCAUCUGCCAAGUCUGCCAGUCUGUCUGCCACCUCACCCGCCUGCUACCAGUCAAGUCCGUGUGAGGUGGCAAACUUCCUGCCUGUGAGUUCCUGGCUACUACCUGCACAGACAUCGGGACUGAUCCUAGACACUCUUUCCCCACUGUGCUCCAGUGCCAGCUGUCUCACCAUCAGCGGCCCUCGAGCUAUAUGGAAGGCCUUCCUCUACACGUCAGGCUCACCCACCAGGUUUAGCUUUGAGGUUUUACAGCAGUUCCAAGCCUUGAGGUUUGCUGUGGAAGAGAUAAAUAGAAGCUUGGACCUACUGCCCAACACCUCCCUGGGAUUCCAGGUCUAUGACUCUUGUGCAGGAUUACAUGAGGAGAUUGAUGGGACCCAAAAGCUGUUGACAGGAAGCGAAAGCGGGAUCCCCAAUUAUUCCUGCCAGGAGCGUUCACCAGUGGUUGCCAUCAUUGGGCAUUCUGUCUCCUCUUACUCCAUACAGAUGGCCCAUGUUCUUGGACUUUACAAAUAUCCACAGAUCAGUCAUUAUUCAACCAGCUCAAUCCUGAGUGACCGGGUGGAGUUUCCUUCUUUCUUCAGAACAGUUCCAAAUGACCAAUUCCAAUCUGAGGGUCUGGCUCAGUUGGUGUUGCAUUUUGGUUGGACUUGGGUUGGAUUAGUGGCUUUGAAUGAAGACUAUGGCCAACAGGGAAUCCAGGUCAUUCGUCAAGAGCUUCUUAAAGCUGGUGCAUGUGUGGAAUUUGUGGAAUACUUGAUGAUUGAUCGUCAGGAUAAAAAUGCCCCUCACAUUAUCAAGGUCAUUAAAGAAUCCACAGCCAAGGUUGUCCUAAUCUUUUCCACUGACCCUGAAAUGGUCCCUCUUCUAGAUGAGAUGUUGGUACAGAAUGUUACUGGAAAGAUCUUUGUGGCCAGUGAAGCUUGGUCUACCUCAAAUAUGUUAUCACAUAGAAAAUACUCUUCGUUACUUUGUGGAUCCAUUGGGUUUUCUUUUCAUAGCUCUGUCAUCCCAAAUUUUAAACACUUUCUUAACAGUAUUCAGCCUUUUUCUGGUCCAGGGAAAGAAUGGGCCAAAAUCUUGUGGGAGAGUACCUUUGACUGUCAAAUAUAUGAUCGUGAAAUGAGUGGAGAAUCUCUGAGAAAUGUUACCAAAGUUUGCACAGGAGAGGAAGAUCUAGAUAGCAUACAGAACAGGUACAAUGAUGUGUCCAGUUUAAGAGGGGCUUAUAAUCUUUAUCAAGCAAUUUAUGUUAUAGCCAAAGCCUUACAUGACUUGCACGUGUGUAAAGAUGGAGAAGGACCUUUCUAUAAUGGGGGCUGUUCUACUCUUCAGUUGUUGAAGCCUUGGCAGCUCUCUCACUAUAUUCAGAAGGUCCAUGUCCGGCUGAGCAAUGGUGGCGAAAUGUUCUUUGAUGAGAAUGGAGACCCACCUGCAAGCUACGACAUUGUCAACUGGAAGAUAAAUGGCUAUGAUAUUAUUGAGCAAGUGAAGGUUGGGAGCUAUGACACAACCCAAACCAAAGAAGAAACUUUCAACACUAACACUAGUGCUGUGAUAUGGCCAUCCGGGAAUGAACUAUUUGAGAUGGGCAUUCCUGUUUUAACAUGCCUGUGCACCAGUCUUCAAAGAAAGGCCCAUAAAGACAUGGAUUCUCAUGAGUGUAUAAAGUGUCCAUGGGAUCAGUGGCCCAAUCUCCAGAAGGACAAGUGUCUGGAUAAAGAAGUAGAAUUUCUUUCCUACGAGGAACCAUUGGGAGCCGCUCUGACUGCCAGCAGUGUUUUCUCCUCCAGCAUCCCAUCUUAUAUAUUAGGACUCUUCUUUCAUCACAGAAAAACUCCCAUAGUACGGGCCAAUAAUUUUUCUCUGAGCAUUCUUCUUCUGGUAUCUCUUUGCCUUUGCUUCCUUUCUUCUUUAGCUUUCAUUGGAUACCCCCAACCUGAGAAAUGUCUUCUUCGCCAGGUUGCUUUUGGAAUGUCCUUUGCCUUCUGUGUCUCUUGUAUCUUGGCAAAGACUGCCAUGGUGGUUUUUGCCUUCAUGGCAACAAAACCAGGCAGUAAGCUUAAGAAACUAACCAGCCCAAGGGUGUCUUUCAUGAUAAUUACCAUGUGUACAUUAUUUCAGUUUGCCUUAUGUGUCCUCUGGGUGAAGUUUGCCCCUCCGUUCCCAGAGAAGAAUGUUCAAACUCGACCUGGGAUUAUCAUUGUUGAAUGUAAUGAGGGCUCCCCUACAGCCUUUUGGUGUAUGCUGGGAUACCUUGGCCUCCUGGCCACUGUAAGUUUUGUAGUUGCCUUCUUGGCCAGGAGGUUGCCUGACAGCUUCAACGAGGCCAAAUUCAUCACAUUCAGUAUGUUGGCUUUCCUCAGCGUCUGGAUAUCCUUCAUCCCAGCAUACCUGAGUGCCAGUGGAAAGUACACUGUUGCCAUGGAGAUCUUUGCCAUCCAAUCAUCCACUUGGGCUUUGGUGAUCUGCAUGUUUGUCCCUAAAAGCUUUAUAUUAUUAUUCCAUCCAAGCAUGAACUCUAAAGACUAUCUGAUGGGAAAGAACAUAGGCUGAACUAUAAUGUAAUCUUUGCUAGUAACAUUAUCAUGAUGUGACAGUUUCAUUUUAUUAAAGUUGCUUUUUCAAGUUGAAUUAAAAUUAACAAAUAUCUGCAUAUGUAACUGGAUAGCAAAUACUCUCCAGUGCUAGUAAUAAUAUUUGGAUUGUUCCUUCAUUGCCCCUACUUUCUACUGGAGCACAUCCAA